GUUCUUCCUGUCGGACCCAGCAGGGUAACAAAUAGCAGACAGCUGUAGGGAGGCGUGAGGAGGAUCCGGACACGGAGAGAUGUAAUUCUCAUAACAAAUUUAACGCGAGAAUAGCAUUAGCGGGUUUGAUUUCCCAGGGCUGUACUCGCUGAGCAAAGCACUUAAAGCAGACUUCCAAAUCCAGGUGCGUGAGCCCACGGAUGCGUAGACGCGAGGUUUCUGGGCACCGCGCGUACUGAGCCUUUUGAAAGCCAACGUGGGUAAAUGAGGUUUCAGGAAAGAGUAAUAAACACAGAAAUGGCAUGGCACGCCCAGUCUCCAAGUUUUUGCAAGAGUGAGAAAGCGCUGGGAUGGCGCCUAUUGCGCCUAGGAAUCCACAAGUGUCUCAUUCCCACCCUGCAGCAGUGAUGCAAAGAGGGCAAAUUACCCACGUAAGCGGGAGGGACCAAUGGGGGUGGAACCGUCUCCGGCCGCUGGGGCGACACAGAGCGCGCUCCUCAGAAACAAACCUUGCAUAAAUCACUGAGUUCGGAGCUCAGUGAGUUCAGAAGCUCCGAGCGCACCUCCGGCGCUUUGCGGGAGCUGGCUAAAGGCAGAGCAAGGACCGGACCCCGGGCAUCGACUGAGAGCUGCUCGGUGGGCAGGCGGGAAGGGCAGAGGGAAUUGCAGAGCAGGCGAACGCGCUCGGGGCAAAACACUCAAGUGCUCGGGAGCGCAGAGGCAAAGCCCCCGCCCCCGUGCGCACCGCGGACUCUGGGGCUGCACCCACAGCAUGCGCUUCUCCGGAAACGCGGUCGCGGAUCCAGCGGGCAACUCCAGCGCCUGGUGGGCUCUGACUGCAGAUGGUGCCAACAGUAGCCGCGAAGCGGAUGUGCCCAGAGAAGGCGACUGCCAGCCGCGGGACGUGCGCAAUGAGGAGCUGGCCAAGGUGGAGAUCGCUGUGCUGGCUGUGACUUUCGUGGUAGCGGUGCUGGGCAAUAGCAGCGUGCUGCUAGCUCUGCACCGCACGCCACGCAAGACGUCCCGCAUGCACCUCUUCAUCCGGCACCUCAGCCUGGCCGACUUGGCUGUCGCCUUCUUCCAGGUGUUGCCGCAGCUGUGCUGGGACGUCACCUACCGCUUCCGCGGGCCCGACUGGCUGUGCCGCGUGGUGAAGCACCUGCAGGUGUUCGCCAUGUUCGCGUCGGCCUACAUGCUGGUAGUCAUGACCGCCGACCGCUACAUCGCCGUGUGCCACCCGCUCAAGACUCUGCAGCAGCCCGCGCGCCGCUCGCGCCUCAUGAUCGCCGCCUCUUGGGUGCUGAGCUUCGUGCUGAGCACGCCGCAGUACUUCAUCUUCUCCAUGAUCGAGGUGGACAAUGUCACCAAGGCGCAGGACUGCUGGGCCACCUUCAUCCAGCCCUGGGGCAGCCGCGCCUACGUCACCUGGAUGACCAGCUGCGUCUUCGUUGCACCCGUGGUCAUCUUGGGUACCUGCUACGGCUUCAUCUGCUACCACAUCUGGCGCAACGUCCGCGGAAAGACCGCGUCGCGCCUGGGCGAAGGUGCAGCGGGCUCAGGGGGCGCCUUCCAUAAGGGCCUCUUGAUUGCGCCCUUCGUCAGCAGCGUGAAGACCAUUUCCCGCGCCAAGAUCCGCACCGUGAAAAUGACUUUCGUGAUUGUGACGGUUUAUAUCCUCUGCUGGGCGCCUUUCAUCAUCGUCCAGAUGUGGUCGGUCUGGGAUGAGAAGUUCGUCUGGACAGAUUCAGAAAACCCUACUACCACCAUCACUGCAUUACUGGCUUCCUUGAACAGUUGCUGCAACCCCUGGAUAUACAUGUUUUUUAGUGGCCAUCUCCUGCAAGACUGUGUCAAAAGCUUCCCAUGCUGCCAGAGUAUGAAGCAAAAAAUCAACAAAGAAGAUACUGACAGUAUGAGCCGAAGACAGACUUCUUAUUUCAACAAUCGAAGCCCAACAAACAGCACAGGCACAUGGAAGGAUUCACCUAAAUCUUCCAAGUCCAGCAAAUUCAUUCCUGUUUCUACCUGACUCCAGAUUCAUGCAGCUUGACUCUUGUGACUGACUUUAGUUAAUCCAACUAGAAAUUCUGAGAACAAAUGAACUAGGUGAGAUAGACAUGGUUCAGCUCAUUUUGUACAAGGCCUUGCUUCUAGUUCGAUUUUGCACAUUGCAAAAACCAAGCAGUGUGAUUAUUUUAUACCGAAUGUUAAUGACAUCACACUACACUGAAAUGUGUAGGCCCGAUUCCCAGAAAUAUGAGUUAUGUUUCUAAAGGAAAAAUCAUAACCCCUUUGACAUUAUAUUUUGCUGGUUUAUUUUUGUUUCUGACAUAAUCAAGCUUGACUGGUUUUCUGAACAAAAGGAGCUCAUCAUUUAGAGGAAGUUUGAGAGUAGUUGCAUUUUCAUCCAGCAAGUUAAUGUAUGCAUCAUAAAAGGAAGCCCCAAAUGGUGACCUAGAGAAUGGCACCAUGGAGAGGUAUGAGCUGGGACAUACUGAGCAGGAGGCAGCCAGUUCAGAAUGACAAAAAUAAGUUCUAUUACAAGCAAUAAGUCACUCUGAAAUUCAAAAUGAUAAAUAGCACCACUCUCCUUUAGGUUCCUCACGAUAUAUGGGCUCUAAAAUGUUGUAGCCAAACUAAUAAUAUGUUUUGCUCAUCAUAUCCUAAGAUUGUUUUAAAAUCAGAUUUGUUUGAGGAAUAUCAAGUUUUAGAGAAAAGUAAAGUAACCUAAACACUUGCCUUGCACAUUAUAAAUAUAUUUACCUUGUCAUAAGAUGACCUGUGUGAUGCUGGAUAUUAACAUGAUCAUUCUCCGCAUGUUUUGUGAAUCUAAUUUUAUACAUGAGAGUCUUCUUGAUAGUGACUAGGAAUAUAAAAUUUCCCCUUAUAUGUUUAUUUGGGAGAUCCUUCCAAUCUCCCAUCCACCUAGUAGUUUUAUAAUAGGGAAAAAUAGGAAUAGAGAUUAAGGGGAGGAAAGUAGAUGGACAGAGAAUCGCUCUGCACCUAGUCUGAGUUCCAUCAUUACUAAAUGCCUCACUUUGGACAAGCUACUAAAAACAUAUAAAGCCUCUGUUUCCUUGGCUGUGUAAUGGAGUUGGUAACACUCACCUCACUGACUUGUAAGGACAAAAUGAAAUUAAAUAUGUGGAAAGAUUCAUAAACUGUAAAAUGGUGUAUAUAUAUGCUAACAGUAGAUUUUAUUAUAUUCUUAGAAUCUCCAGAAUUGUACAGAUUUUUUUCUCACUUAUUUUUCAUUAACCAAAAGUGGUUGAUUUCAUGCCUGUUAUAUAAAAUCAUGUAAUUCAAAUAUAGACCUGCUGAAUUGUUACUGAAAGAUAUUGCCAGUAGCCCCUCGGCCUGACUUGCCUUGCUCAACUAAAAUUUUCCAGUGGGGAGAACUUGGUUUUCUUUGAGCAGGUAAACCAAAGCCAACUGAGAACAUCAGUUGCUUUCAUUUCUAAGCAGAGAUAAAUUACAACACUCCUAGCACUUUUUGUUAAUGGAACCUAUUGGUUUUUGUCUAUUUUGUCUGGCUCCUUCUUAGACAUCAUACUACAUUUGAGAAUAAAUAUUUUGCAUCUCUUAGAGGAAGAAAUAGUUACUUUUAGUAAUAGUACAGGGUUUGUUUUCUUGUUUGUUUGUUUUUUACACUUGGUAGAUAAGAAACUGUGAACUGAAUGGCACUGCAAUAAUCUGGAACCCUUGGCUUCACUCCUCUUCCGUCUCUUCCCCUUUUCCAACUUCUUAGUCCUUACACUCCCUAGGUUAAUAACCCAAAAAUAUUUUCAAAUAUUCUGCAGAAAGUAUCCCCUUAGGUUUUAACAUUCUUCUUUGUAAAAAUAAUAAAUAGGACAGGCAAUAUAUUUCAGUGAUGAGCCCUUGCCUAGAAUCCUUGAGGUCCUGGGUUCAAUUUCCAGCACAUAAAACAAACAAGUCACAGUAAAUAAAAAUUACAAGUACAUUUCUUAAAAGGCACUGUUCAACAUAAAUCAUCAAGUAAACGAAUCAUUUCUUUAUCUGAGUUAGAGUAGCACAACUGCAUGGUGUCUAAAGACUUAUGUAUUAGAACCAUAAUGAGCCCAUUUUUUCUAAAUUCAUUUUCAAGGUAAUAAUUUUUUGUGUCUAUAUGGAUAUUGUUUCAAAAAAAUUGGCAGGUGUCCCCAAAUCAGUUGCAUUUGCUCUUAUUUCUGGAAGCAUCUUUCAAAUAAAAUGUAAAUCAAAUUCCUCACUUUUUCUUCUUUUAGAUGCAUGAGGAGAUGAGAGAGUAUGAAAUAGGCUGGGAAGACACAAGAUUAUUUUCACAGCAGUCAAAUAGGUAGCCUUGUUUUGGGGAGGUGGGUGCACGGGGUUAGGCAGAGAAACUUAGUAUAUCUACUGCUAAACUUUCUUAAUGUUAUAUACCCUGAAAUGGCAUUUAUGUAACUCCAGUUUACAUCCCAAGUUGGAAUGCAGGCAAUGAGGAGGAUGUGUGCUGUGAAGAAAAAAGUUUCCCUUUUCUUGACUAAAGAAAAGACCUGAGUUUUGCCAAAUGAAGGCUCACAGUCAAGAGUGAAUCGUACUCUCUUAAUUUAUUUAAUAGGAUUGUCUGUGGGAAAAUCCUGCAAGUGCACAAUGCUAAUGUAUUUAUGUGAGUAUCAGAAAUGUGACUGAUAACAAAUCCACUGGUAAGGAGAAGCCGAUCUGUUGGCUAUUUGAUGAAUGCUAACUGAAAUGAAAAAGAAACAUUUGAAAGUACCUGUAACAUGUUUUGGGGAAAGAACUUGGGAACAUAUAUUUUUAAACUCUAAAACAACUUUGCUUUUUGUUUUGAAGGUUCACUUGGAACAAAAGUGCAGAGAAAAUUAGUGAAAUUAUUAUUAGUCAUUUAUACACUGGUCAAGUCUACAUAUAGACUCCUUCAAGAAAAGAUUACACCAUGAUUCAGAGAAGGGUGUGUUUUAAAGAAAAAAAAAAUACCAAGUAGUCUUUACAACAUGCAGAACUCUUACACUGACUGCAGUUUCUAGAAUAGACUACUAUUGGUGGUUAAAAAUACAACUUUUACUUGUUACUGCAUGUGUAACAUAAUCCAAUUAGAUUAAAAUUUUGUUUUCAGCCUCUAAGACAUGCAAUUUUAUAACUUUUUAGGCUUGUACAGCUUUAAUUAUGGCAUUACAGCUAAAACAGAUAUCAUCUAGGACAAAACUGAGCCUAAUCCUUCACUCUAACUAUCAGAGAUUAGGCUCCUAUUAACUUUCAUAAUUUGGGACAUUGUCGGUUAUCAUACUGGAGACAAAACUGUCAUUAGAAUAAGUCCAGGAUAAGCCCUCGGUGGAACAUCCUGGGAGUCCAGGAGUAGCCUCUGUAUCCUAGCUCUCGCCCUCCAUGCAACCCUAUCAGGGUCAUUCAGUGAUUGCCCUUAGAACAAUAAGUAACAGAGAAUAAUAAAUAUUAUAUAAUGAUCCUUGAUUAGAAUUUGACUUUAGCCAAUUUGAGCAAGAAUUUGAAGACUAUUCAGACAAAAGCUAGUUUCCAACACAUAUAUCACACAUAUAUCACUAAUUAUAGUUUUAUUCUAUACAUAGGCCUUUUGAAGCAUAAUGCUCUGAUACAAUUUUUAAGAACACUAAAUUAUUAUGACUGAAAAUGUGUUUUGUUAUCUUUAGCAUAUUGCCAUCAAAAUAUUAUUUUAUUAUAGCCAAUUUUUUAUACUGGGAAUUGAACUCAGGACCUUGUGCUUGCCAGGCAGACACUGUGCUACUGAGCUAUAUCCCUGUCCCUGUAGCUAAAAAUUAAAUUCCAUUGUUUUUGUGUUACUGUUUUGGCUUGGUUUUUGUUGGAGUUUCGUAUGCUGUUGCUAUUUUUAGAUAGUGCUAGGGAUGGAACCCAAGGCCUCACAAAUGUGAGGUCAACCACUAAGCUUUUUACAUUCAUAUAAAUAUAUAUUUUAUGUUCAUUUAUGUUCUAAAUAAACUAAAGAUUCAGGGUAAAUUAAAUAUUUUUGUUUUCCAGGAUCAAAUUAACAGAUUCAGAAAAAAAUUUAAUAAUAAAUCUGAUGAUUUCAGAAUUACUACCUUCCCACACAUAAAGGUAGUUGUUUUUGUAUCACAUUUCUGACUUAUAUAUAUGAUGCUUUAACUCGUUAGUGUAACAAACUUACUAAGAAUCGAUGUUGUAUAUUUAAUUACCACUUUUGAAAGUAUUUCUCAGAUGUUCUAUGUCCUCCACCUUAUUAUGCUAUGUAGAAGAAUUUCAGAAUUUUUUCUGGGCUGAUUAUAUGACUACAAUUUUGAACAGAUGGUGAAAUGUUUUGUGAUUAAAUUAAUAUUUGUUUCUUUAAAAAUGCCUUGUAUUAUGUGGAAGUAAAUGAUAUUUAUUGCACAUUUUUACUGUGUUAGCAUUAUUUCUAUAAAUAAAAACAAAUUUCAGAUUUGCUUGAAAUAA